AUGGAUGAUAUAGACCAAUCAGAAAUAUAUGAUCCUUCGAUAAAUUCAUUCAGUCAAGUUGGUUCUGUUAUUGAUCAUGCUUUGUUCUUGCAAAGUGAGAUACAAGGUUGCCUUGAUGUUGGUGACCCUAACUAUGAAUGUUCAAUUUGUGGCGCGUGUUUCUGGUUAUUAGAACGUGUUGAAAGAGAGUCUACAGUUAGUCGUCCUAUUUUUACUGUUUGUUGCUCAAAGGGAAAAAUCCAGUUACCUUAUCUUCAAAGGCCCCCAGAUCUGUUAUAUGAUUUGAUCAAUGGACAUGAUAGCAAGAGUUUGUAUUUCCAAAAAAAUAUUCGAUCUUAUAACAGUAUGUUUGCCUUCACGUCUCUUGGCGGUAAGGUAUUGGAUUAUGUGAAUGAUGGGAGGGGUCCACCGCAGUUUAUAAUAAGUGGUCAAAAUUAUCAUCGGAUUGGAAGUUUGCUCCCAGUUGCUGGUGAGAAGCCUAAAUUUGCACAGUUAUACGUAUACGACACUCAGCAUGAGAUAAUGCAUAGGCAGCGAAUUUUUGGGCAAACAUCUGAGAUAGAUAAAGAGUUGAUAACUGAGUUGUUGCAAAUGAUCGAUACUCAUAAUGUCAUAGCACAGUCUUUUCGAAGAGUUAGAGAACUAUAUGAGUGUCAUCCAUCUGAGAUUUUCUCAUUGAAGUUGUAUUCGCAACGGAACGUUGAUCGAAGAAUGUACAGUGCUCCCUCUUGCGAUGAAGUUGCUGCUUUGAUUGUUGGAGAUUUUGAUUCGUCGGACCAUGGUCGUGACAUUAUUCUGAACAUUGGUUAUCGUGGUGAACAGCGCGGAUAUGUUCCUGGAAGGAGAACAAGAGUUUCCCUCAGGGAAUUCAUAUGUUUUCGUCUCCAGAUUAGGGAGCACGAAGAUGGAAUUAUUCACAAGUCUAGGCGGUUGUUUCAACAAUUUGUUGUUGAUUGUUUCACGAUGAUUGAGUCGCAGAGGUUGUAUGAGAUUAGAAUGAAGCAAAGUACAAUUAGAGGAGAAGUCCUUCAAGGAAUAGAGGAGGCUAUGCGUCGUGGCGAUGAUGAGGCUUCUUCAAUUGGGACACGAAUCAUUUUGCCUUCCUCAUUCACUGGUGGUAGACGUUAUAUGUUUAAUCGUUGUCAGGAUGCCAUGGCGAUUUGCAAACAUUUUGGGUAUCCAGAUUUGUUCCUCACUAUUACGUGUAAUCCAAAUUGGCCUGAGUUUCAGCGGUUCACGGAGCGGGAGCGAAUUUCGAUCGCUGAUCGUCCUGAUAUCUCUUGUCGUGUCUUUCAUGCCAAGUUGAAGUGUCUCCUUAGUGAUCUCAAGGAAGGUGUGUUUUUUGGUCCACUUAAUGCAGGUUUGUAUACUAUUGAGUUUCAAAAAAGGGGUUUACCGCAUGCACACAUGCUACUGUGGCUUAAUGCGGAAAGCAACUUACAAAGUGUUGAAAUUGUGGAUGAAUUCAUCUGUGCCGAGCUACCCAAUCCCCAGAAAUUUCCAUCUCUUUAUAAUGGUGUCACGAAGUACAUGAUCCAUGGUCCCUGUGGUCCACUUAGACCGAGUUCUCCUUGUAUGAAAGAUGGUAAGUGCUCAAAAUUUUAUCCGAAAAAAUUCGUUGACCAAACAAGCUUUGAUGAAGAUGGCUAUCCAAUAUAUAGACGUCGUAAUAUGGGUGUCACAGUGAAGAUCAAUGAUGUCGAUAUCGACAAUAGAUUUGUUGUGCCCUAUAAUCCACUGUUGUUAAUGAAAUACCAAGCUCACAUAAAUCUCGAGUUCUGUAACAAGUCAAAUGUUAUCAAGUAUCUAUUUAAAUAUGUUAACAAGGGUCCAGAUCGGGUGACCGCAACUGUUGGAGAGAGAUAUGAUGUUGGUGAAUCUUCUCAAGUGGUUGAUGAGAUCAAACAGUAUUAUGAUUGUCGUUAUUUGUCACUGUCUGAAUCCAUGUGGAGAAUUUUUGCUUACGAUAUUCAUCAAAGAUGGCCGUCGGUACAGAGGUUGACUUUUCACUUGCCCAACCAGCAACAUGUUGUAUUCGAUGAUGCUGAUAUCACUACUCAUGUUUAUUUGCGCAACAAAGAUUUGUUGACGAUGUUUACGGGUUGGAUGAUGGCCAACAGGCGGUUCUCAGAGGGGCGGUCUCUAACAUAUGUUGAAUAUCCAGGCAAAUUUGUCUAUUGUUUGAGGAGCAGGGAGUGGAAGCCAAGACAAAGGGGAUUUUCAAUUGGAAGAUUGAGUUUUGCUCAUCCCUCAUCUGGUGAACUUUUCUACAUGCGGAUGCUUUUGAAUGUCCAGAGAGGUUGUACUAGCUUUCGAAGUAUAAGAACCGUGAAUGGUGUUACAUAUGAUACAUUUCAAGAGGCAUGUUCCGCCAUGGGAUUCUUGAUAGAUGAUAAUGAGUAUGUUUCUGCUAUUAAGGAAGUUGCCGAGUUAGCGUCGGCUGCGCAGCUAAGGAGGCUUUUUGUGAUGUUGCUGUUAUCUGGUUCCAUGGGAAGACCUCUGUUAGUUUGGGAGCAAACUUGGACUUAUUUGUCUGAUGAUAUUCUUUACCGUAGAAGACACGAGCUGCAAUAUCCUGAUCUUACUAUGAGUCAAGACGAGUUGCAGACGUUUUGUUUGUUGGAGAUUGAGAGACUAUUGCAGAGUAAUGGAAAAUCAUUGAGAAAUUAUGCUGGCAUGCCCGUUCCUAAUAACUCUUUAGUCUCUCAAUUUAGCAAUUUGAUGCUGCUGCGUGAGUUGCAGUAUGAUACUGUUUCUUUGUCUCGUGAGCAUGAUGCAGAUCUCUUAAAGUUAAAUGAAGAACAGAGGGUGGUCUACGAUAAAAUUAUUGACUGUGUUUCGAAUAAGAAGGAUGGGUUCUUUUUUGUGUACGGGUUUGGUGGCACUGGAAAAACUUUUUUAUACAGAGUUUUGUCAGCUAGAUUGCGAUCUGAGAAAAAGAUUGUUAUCAAUGUUGCUUCUAGUGGUAUUGCUUCUCUGUUGUUACCUGGUGGUAAGACGGCUCAUUCUAUGUUCAAUAUUCCUGUUGAUCUGACUGAAGACACUGUUUGCCGGAUUAAGAAUGACAGUCCAAAAGCUGAGGUAUUUCGGUUGGCCGAUUUGAUUAUUUGGGAUGAGGCACCGAUGACUAACAAAUUAGCAUUUGAAGCGCUUGAUAGGACGUUGCGUGAUAUAAUGGUUUCAGUCUCUGAUAGGAAUAAAGAUUUACCUUUUGGUGGGAAGGUGGUUGUUUUGGGUGGUGAUUUCAGGUAG